AUGUGGUUCUCUAUUUUUACAUUCAUCGUAUCUUUAUAUGUUGUUUAUCGUUUAUUGAAAUUUUGGAUAUUUGAUCCAUGGCGUAUUCACAAAGAUUUAUGGGCACAAGGAAUUCCUGGACGAUACAUACCUGUAGUUGGUGAAGCUUUUAGUAUGCGUCGUGCUCUUCUUGCUGAUGAUCCAAUAUCUUAUAAUAUUGAAAUGACAAAGAAAUUUGGUAGUUAUUAUCAUACAUCAUUUGGUCCUUUAGCUCGUUUAAACAUUAGUGAUCCAUUAUUAAUUCAAGGAGUAUUGAAAACAAAUGCUCGUUUUUAUCAUAAAUCUAUAUUAACCCAAAUUAUUCUCAGUGGACUCUUAGGAUUUGAAAAUCUUUUAAUGUCUGAAGAUAAUAUACAUGCAAAACAUCGACGACUUAUUGCACCUGUUUUUCAACAUCAAAAUUUAAAUUCUAUGAUUUCAUUCAUGGUUGAAAUAACAUCGAAUUUUCUUAAUAAAUGGUCAUUUACUAUGAAUAAUGCAAAUAAUAAAGAUAAUAUAUUAAAUCUUGAUAUUCAUAAAGAAAUGGCUGGUUUAACAUUAGAUAUUGUCACUGGAUGCGUCUUUGGAAGUGAACUAAUGAAAGAUGAACAUUUACGAGAAACUAUUUAUCAAGGUUUUACAAAAUCACUAAAAGAUAUUGAAGAAAGAACAUUUAAUCUGAUUGGUGUCAUUCCAAUUAUAAAUCGAUUACCAUUUGCAAGUAAAAGACGAAUUGAUAAAACAAAAGAGAAUAUUCAACAUGCUGUUGAACACAUCAUUAGUGAACGCAAAAAAGGAUUUACUAGAUCUGCAUGCAAAGGACCAGAUUUACUUGAUUUACUUUUAUCUGCACAUGAAGAUGAUAAAACAAAUAAACUAACUGAUGAAGAAGUCUCUGCAGAGGCUUUAACUUUUGUGCUUGCUGGUCAUGAAACAACAGCAGUUUUAAUGACCUGGACACUAUACAAUUUAGCUAAUAAUCCUGAUAUAUGUCAUAAAUUAGAAACAGAAAUUGAUUCCGUAUUGAAUGAUAAUGAAGAAAUAACAGCAUCAACACUAUCUCUUCUAAAUUAUACUGAACUUGUAUUAAAAGAAACCUUACGACUUCAUCAAUCUGUUCCAGCAUUAGUUCGUCGAGCAAUUGAGGAUAACACUUUAAUUGCUAGCAAUGGAAAACAUAUUCUUAUUAGAAAGGGAACUGAUAUUUGUAUUGAUUUAUAUGCUCUUCAUCAUUCUGAAGAACAUUGGCAUGAACCAUAUAAAUUUGAUCCAUCAAGAUUCAAUCAACGUCAUCCUGAUAUACAUUUACCAUUUGGAAGUGGACCUCGUUCAUGUAUUGGACAAAAUUUUGCUAUGUUAGAAGCAAAAAUUAUGUUAGCAAUGAUUAUUAAACGAUUUCGUUUUGAACUUAUACCAGGGUCAUUCUAA